CUUCUUAUUGCAUGUCCUGUGCAGCAGAGGCUGAAAACAACUGCCUCACGGUGCGACGUGGUCUCCUGAUCUCAUAGCGUACCACAAAUCCGAGCCACGACAGUGCGUGCGACAGUCACGAUAUCACCAAACAUCACAUCACCGUGCAGCACGCCGGCAAGGAUUGCCUCGAACACCAAACAGCUCUCCUUCUGUCGUUCCGCCGCCCACCGCCGAUCGCUUCCUCGAAAUACAUGUGGCCCUCCACUUCAGCUACCAUUGAUCCCACUCGUCGCGGCUGAUUGCAACGUCUGGCAACGACCAGCUGAAGACGUAUUGAAAGUCCGCGAUUCAGGACCAGAUCAUGGGCGACUCAACGCUGCCUACGGACCCGACUGCGCGAGAAGAAGCGCAACAAGAGAAGGCAGAUGAGCAUGAGAAGGAUGUGGAGCAGCGCGAGGCGUAUGAGUAUUGGGGCUAUCUCUUCAAGCCUGACAAGACCGGCACCGACAAGCUGAAGGCACUGUUGCGAGGACUGAAAGAUCUCAUAAACGAGCAGUAUGAGCCAUCGGACAAUCCAGACUUGACGCCUAACCAGCUCGCGCAUUUCUAUCGCGACUUACAUGGAAAUUAUGAUCAGUUGUUCCUCGGCACGCCCAGCGAGAGCAUCGCCUUCAUCUACAAGAGUCUGGGCUGUUUGCACAGCUUACAGCCGCUACACCACACCCACCAGACCGCCUUCACCGACCCUACCGUGCCCGCGCUCAAGACGGAGGGAUGGAUCAUGUGGCAGACCAUUCAGCUUCUGCUCGGCCCAGAAGAGCAUUCGAGCUUCCUGCGUGAAGCUGUCGCGAAAUGGGAUGUGAGGGAUCAUGAUACUGGAGCUAUUUUUCCAAAGAUAUUGCCUCGCGAGUGCUUCCCGUUGGAUCCCGACAAGCACAUGGUGGCCUGGUACGAAGGCGUGUCGGAACGACUGCGACGAGAGGCUGAAGAGGAGGAGCGGCACAAGCAGAUCGAGGUGGAGCAUGAUCUGGAUCAGCCACCGCCUCGAAGAGUACGCGAUCGACCACAUGGACCACCGCAUGGCCCACCACGACCGGAAGGAGAGGUGUUGAGUGAAGACGAUGGCGCUUCUGUCGAUUCUCGAGGUCCUGCUUUGGCAUAUUUCCGCAAUCCACUGUAUAGGCACGUGGAUGGGCGACCCUCCAUCGUGCGGAAGAAUUCUAAACGACCUGGAUUGAGUCCACGGGCGACAAUGAUAGACAAGGGUAAGGCUGCAGCAGCCUCUUUUGGACGCAUCGCGCGUGGUGUGGGUAGUCCACAUCUGUGGGCUGGCGAAGGAAGACACAGUAGGAGCCACUCUCGAGACCACCAUGACCACCAUGACCACCACGAACGCAGGAGAAGUCAUCCCGAUGGCAGACAUGCGGCAGACGAUCCGUUGUCGCCAGAACCCUACGAUGAACGCUAUGAGCCGCGAGCACACUCCAGCCACAGCCACAGUCGCAGCAGUCGCCACAGACGAAGAGCCUCCCAGCAGGUCGAUAGAGCUGCAGCCGGAGCGUUGGCUGAUGAUGAGAUGGAAGAGAGCGAGGCAAGCCCGGUCUACAGCCCUCCAACUGGCUCCAAUUCGAGCAGACAUCGACAUCAUCGUGGACCAUCCGACGCACGCCUUAGCGAUCGUGACCAGCCUCUGCGACACUCGAAAAGCCAUGAGCCGACGCCGAGUCAACGAGAAGGGGAUGACUACUUCGCAGGAGCCAACCCUGAUGAGCCUCCACCUUCAGGCAGAAGAAGCUCGGUCCACGACAGACCUAACACACCACCGGUGCAGUACAAUGAGUUUGGACCUUCAUUCGCUCCUUCAGCAUCCCCUCUGUUCGCUGCCACGGUCUCUAAGCACCCGCCGCCGCCCGCACCUCCGCACCCGCGAGCUAUGCCGCAUCGAGGCCCGCCAGGAGGGAUGCCGCCGCCACCUGGGCCAGAAUACGAUGGAGGUCCUCCCGCGAGGCAUCCUUCGCGAAGAAUGCAUGAUAGGUACGCAAGCCGUAGUCCUGGACGUGACGACAGAGGAUAUGAUAGACCCCGACGUUAUGAUGAGCCUUCAGGGCCAUAUGAUGCACGACCUCCGCCACCAAAUGGGUAUCCACAUGGACCGCCACCUGGACGCGAUCCCCGAGAUCCGCGUGAUCCUCGCUACCCACCUGGUGACUUCACUCCACCUCCCCCAAGAGACCCCCGAGAUCGUGGCUAUCCUCCUCCAGACGACCGCAGACCACCAUCGCGCGACCCACGAGAUUUCCCACCUCCACGCGACCCUCGUGAUCGGGAUCCUCGCGAUAGGCGUAGCAGUCGCGGCAAUAUCCCUCCGCCCCCUCCUGAGGAUGACUACGAAGAUGAUCGCAGACACAGUAGGCCGAAGCAGACUCGUUUCGCGGAUACUGGUGUCAGUGGGAGAAGAUAUCCGGACGAGACGGGACUUAGACGUGGUUCAUAGGACGAACCUCGUGCUUUGAUUCGGGAUAAGUUGAAGUUCUGGGUCGAGGAGAGGAGGAGGAGAAAGG